AUGAGUACGUUAAGUUGGAACUGUCGUGGCUUGGGCAAUCCACGUACAGUUCGUGAAGUUGUGGACUUAGUGUCCCGUAAGAAGCCUGAGUUUGUCUUCCUCAUGGAGACUAAGGUUAACCGGGAGCAUGCAGAGCGACUCCGGGUUAAGAUUGGGUUUGAAGGUUUGUUUUACGUUGAUUCCGUUGGUCGCAGUGGUGGUCUAGCUUUACUAUGGAGGAGAAACAAUACUGCCAGGUUGUUGAGCUUCUCCAAUAACCAUGUUGAUAUUGAAGUCUGUGUGACAGGUUUAGGGCUUUGGAGAAUGACUGGGUUUUGUGGAUUCCCGAAGCGGAGUCGUAGGAAUGCUGCUUGGGAUCUGUUGAAAACUUUAACAGGGAGAUCACUGCUGCCUUGGGUUGUUCUGGGAGAUUUCAAUGAUCUCCUGUUUCAGCAUGAGAAGAGGGGUGGGAAUCCACAUCCAGAUAGUAUUCUUUGCGGUUUUGGGGAGACUCUGGAUUCUUGUGGUCAGUUUCAGUUACCCAUGCAGGGCCAUCAGUUUACUUGGAGUAGGGGAAAGGGCACUCAGGAGUGGAUGGAAAAGAGGCUAGACAAAGUUUUAGCUCGUGUUGAUUGGUGUGAAUCCCUACCAGCUGCAAAUGUCACUAAUAUUCUGACCCGCAACUCUGAUCAUUUUGCCCUCUUCUUGGGGGUGAAGGAGUCUGGGGGCUUGUCGGCUGACAUGCGCAGACAGUUCAGAUUUGAGAUGGCUUGGGUACAUGAUGAAGGAUGUAGGCAACAGAUUGAAAUUGCGUGGCAAGAGGGAAGGGGUAACGGAUUGAUGGAUUGCCUACAAUACUGUGCCAGAAAGCUCCAGAGUUGGGGUGGUGAGCAUUUUCACAAGUUUGGAAAAAAAAUCAGGCGAUUGAAGAAGGAACAGGCUGGGCUACAUGGCCGUCUUGAUACUGAGUCUUUGACCAAAUUUCAGCACUUGGAGGCUGAAUUGUAUGCUUCUGCUCGUAAAAAGAAGAAUACUUUAACUCGUUUAAAAAAUAAUUCUGGCUUGUGGAUUGAGGAUGAUGAGUUAAACAUUGCUGUACUUGAUUAUUUUCGUGAGAUUUUUACAUCUUCUGGUUCUGUUUCUUCGAUGGAUCCCUUUGUUGCAUCUAUUGUGCCACGAGUUAGUCAAGAACAGAAUGAAGUCCUAUUAAGGCCUUUCAAGUUGGAGGAAGUAAAGGCAGUCUUGUUUUCUAUGUUCCCAGAUAAGGCACCAGGUCCUGAUGGAAUGAAUCCGGGAUUCUAUCAGCAUUAUUGGGAUGUGGUGGGAGGGGAUGUCUCGGCAUUUGUGCUUAGUUGCCUGAAUAGUUGUUCCUUUCCGAAUGGCUUGAACAAUACCAAUGUAGUCCUAAUCCCCAAGAAGAGUUGA